AGGGAGUAACAGAAAAAGGUGGAGUGAGAAAGGAAGGGGAGCCAGACACAGAAGCUCCACAACUGGGUGGAAAAGAAGAGCAGAGUGAAAUUGGGAGGGGGGGAGCUGGAGUGGCGGGUUGCCUUUUUUGCGAGCUGCAGGGCUACCACUAGUGAGUGAACCUUGGAUCCCUCAACGUACUGCGAGACCCCGGUGUAUAGCCCGGACCUGUGCCCCAACAUGAUCGCGGCUCAGGCCAAGCUGGUGUACCAGCUCAAUAAGUACUACACUGAGCGCUGUCAGGCGCGCAAGGCGGCAAUCGCCAAGACGAUCCGCGAGGUCUGUAAAGUAGUCUCGGAUGUGCUUAAGGAAGUGGAGGUGCAAGAGCCCCGCUUCAUCAGCUCCCUGAGUGAGAUCGACGCCCGCUACGAAGGGCUGGAAGUCAUCUCUCCGACCGAGUUUGAGGUGGUGCUAUACCUCAACCAGAUGGGCGUUUUCAACUUCGUGGACGAUGGCUCGCUGCCUGGCUGCGCAGUACUCAAGCUGAGUGACGGUCGUAAGCGAAGCAUGUCUCUCUGGGUGGAGUUCAUCACCGCAUCAGGCUACCUCUCUGCGCGCAAGAUCCGCUCCCGCUUCCAGACACUGGUGGCGCAGGCAGUAGACAAGUGCAGCUACCGGGACGUGGUGAAAAUGAUUGCGGACACUAGCGAGGUGAAGCUGCGCAUCCGGGAGCGCUAUGUGGUGCAGAUCACCCCGGCGUUCAAGUGCACCGGGAUCUGGCCCCGCAGCGCGGCCCAAUGGCCUAUGCCCCACAUCCCCUGGCCUGGCCCCAACCGGGUGGCAGAGGUCAAGGCGGAAGGGUUCAACUUGCUCUCCAAGGAGUGCUACUCCUUGACAGGCAAGCAGAGUUCGGCGGAGAGUGAUGCCUGGGUGCUGCAGUUCGGAGAAGCAGAGAACCGACUAUUGAUGGGCGGCUGCCGGAACAAGUGCUUGUCAGUGCUGAAGACUCUUCGGGACCGUCACCUGGAGCUGCCGGGCCAGCCGCUCAACAACUACCACAUGAAAACCCUGCUGCUGUACGAGUGUGAGAAACACCCUCGGGAAACUGACUGGGAUGAAGCAUGCCUAGGAGACCGGCUCAACGGCAUCCUGCUGCAGCUCAUCUCUUGUCUGCAGUGCCGCCGGUGCCCCCAUUAUUUUUUGCCCAACCUCGACCUCUUUCAGGGCAAGCCUCAUUCGGCUCUGGAGAGCGCAGCCAAACAGACCUGGAGGUUGGCCAGAGAGAUUCUCACCAAUCCCAAAAGCCUAGAUAAAUUAUAGGGUGGUGGAGAUUACUUAGAAAAACAACAACAUACUUCCAUCAUACAGUGGAAAAGCAAAAACUCCAAAAUACAGAUUUUUAUUUAAUCACCAAGCAAGAAGAAGGAAAGAAAAAUCCUCCCCACCAGAUGGAAGAACAUUUUAAAAACAAACAAAUUAUCUUGUACAGGAGUGAUCUUUCUUCCAAAAAAAAAAAAAAUGUGAAUUUAAAAGAUCACACAAAAGAAGCAAUCGGACUUUGCCACAACAAAUCGAAACCCAAGGUACAUUUUCAAAUCCAUGUAUAGUAGUCUUUUCCUCCUUUUAUCUCCUCUAUUUUGUUUUUUGUUUGCCUGAAUGUUGUCACCAAGUGAAAAAAAUUAUUUAACUAUAUGUACAAAUUUCUCUUUUAAAAGUUUUACUGAUGUUAAAUGUAUUUCAGUGCCAACUCAGAUUAUGUGCCCUUCUCUCUCUUGCACCUCUAUCCUCACCCUAAACCCACUUGUUGAAAACAGUAAUAAAAUAUUACUUUAACUUUG